UGUAGAGAAGAAGAAGAAGUUUCGAGAAACAGAGGGGAGCUGUAACAUGCAGAGAGGUAGCACCUACCAACAAAUACUGUAACAAACUUAAAAAAAGGUGCUCAUAACAACUGUCCCAUGACGCAGUGGGUGGGUUAACAGUGCUAACGAUUAGCCGCGUAGCAAACUGUUAGCACAACUUCUCCGCUCGCCUCACAGUGAGAGAGAGUUAGCUGACGUUAGCCGACCGGUCAGCUGGUGACAAAGUCGCAGCAUGUCAGCGCACUUCGAGGAGAGGAGCGGUGUCGUCCCCUGUAAGACACCCUGGGGCUCCUGGUACCAGACGAUGGAGGAGGUCUUCAUCGAAGUCAACGUGCCUCACGGGACAUCUGCUAAAGAGGUCAAGUGCCACUUGGGAUCCAGAGAGGUAGAGCUGCGUGUCAAAGGGGAGGAGAUAAUCAAGGGAAAGUUGUGUGACACAACUGUGUCAGACGAGGCAACGUGGACACUAGAGGACAAGUGUCUCAUUCGAAUAGUUCUGAUGAAGACUAACAGAGAGGCCGGGAACUGCUGGUCCUCCCUGCUGGAGGGGGAGUACUGUGCGAAUGCCUGGGUCCAAGACCAGAUGCAGAGGAAGCUCACACUGGAGAGGUUCCAGCGGGAGAAUCCUGGAUUUGACUUCAGCAGUGCAGAGAUCUCUGGGAACUUUGCUGGUGGUGGUCCGGACUUUUCCAGUUUACAGAAGUGACAAGUGCCAUGAUGUUACAACCCACUACCGUGGUGGGGAUGCCUCACUAAAGAACACUACUGAGGACAUCCCAGACAUGCAGGAGGACAGUGGCUUUAUCAGAUCUUCUGUGAUGAGAAUCAAUGAAGAUUUGUCUUCAGAGGAACUCAAAUGUAUUGAUCAACAGGUAUUUUUACAGCAGCCUUCUGAUGUGUGUUAUCUGGGCUGUGAAGGACUCAUUGUUCAGGCCUUGAUUUGGCAGGUGGCAGAACAGCUGACAAGGAUUGUUCAAUCUGGUUGAUAAAAACUAGAGAAAAGGUUUUUUUUUAAGUAAUGAGGAAAUGGCAAGCACAGCGAUGGCUUUUCAAUAAAGUUUUUAUUGAAAGGUACAAGUAUAAGGUUAACCAGAUGGUGUGUUCAAUUAGCCAUUUUGAAUUUGAGAACACAUUUUAUUUUUAUCACUAAAGAAACUUAAAUUAGACAGGGAAACUGGCAAAGAACAAUGCAAGACAACUUCCAAUCCGCAUUUCCACUGCAAUUAUCAUUUUCUUUGUGUUCUCUGCAUAAUUGACAACUGAAAUCAAUUAACACAUGUGGUGCUUCACUCUGUGUACACACAAAUCUGUGAAAACAGCUCAUCUGUAACCGCUGACAUUUCAGCACAGUAUGGUUAGCCAUUCAUGAGGAGAUCGUCACUAGCCUCACUUCACCGGAGAAAACCGGAGCUCCCUCGCCAUAUCAAAAUAAAAAACAAAAAAUCA